CUUUGCUGCCUGCAAUAAACUUGCGCACGCUCAACGUUAGCCGCAGACCUUAUCGUUCUAUAGCUAUCUAGCAAGAUCAGCACAGCACGCGUCAGUAUUCUUCGAGCAUUCGGUGAUCUUGUGAUACUACACCUGAGCGUUACCAAGGGCAGCUCGGAAACCACAGCUAUGUCCGGUAGCAAAGUCUUUCUCUUGCGACAUGCUGAGUCCCAGCAUAACGUUGACAAAAACUUUGAACGGCUUGAUCCUGCAUUAACGGAAUCUGGGACUAAGGCUGCAGGACAACUGGCCUCGUCAUUCCCGGAACCAGAUUCUGUGGGCGUUGUCUUGUCAUCCCCGUCGCAACGCGCAAUCCAGACUGCGUUUGCUGUAUUCCCCAACGUCCUCGACCGGCGCUAUUUUGACCCAGCAAGUGGGAACGGGGUCGAAGCAGGCGCGGUCUUCAUUGUAGACCCAGAUGCGCAGGAGCGGAGCGCCCUUCCCUGCGAUACCUGUUCAACUCGAGAGUCCCUGCAACAAAUUUUUCCUUACAUCGACUUCUCGCCCCUGUCAGAUGCGGAGGACGCAACAUGGAGGUCAAAGACGGGCUCCUAUUCCGACCACGACGAGGCCGUCAAAAUGCGAGCGAUGAGACUUCGAGAGACGUUGGAAAAGCUGGUAGCAUCUUGCGAAAAAUCCUCGAGGCCAAAUGUGGCUUUGGUCACGCAUGGUGUUUUUAUGAAGGCUUUGACAAACGAUAGCAGCAUUGACCUACCUAGACCUGGUUGGGCUGCGUACCGUAUUCAAAAAGGUGACGACGGAAAUGUUGUCCUUGUUGCUGCGGAUUGAAAAGGAUCGAAUUGCGCAAGAUUGGAUUAUUCCGUACUCUCGAAGGCCCUAACAUGUCAGACUGGUUGCUGUAAUUUACGACCGCGUGAAGGGCUAUGAUAGUUGGACAUGUUUGCCAUACUAUUGGACAGUUGAAUGCGCAUAACUUGACUUCUUACGACGCGAUACGGGUCUCAGCUAAUUGACAAAUGAAUGAUCGAGCUGGUUUUGCAAUGGCCGCACCUUGAGUAGAUGCAUUGUUUCUGGAGCAACGUAUAAGGACGUCGCUUUGCAGGCGUAGUGCUGCAUUCACCACACUCUCCGUCAGCCAAUCGAUGGCGAAGCUUUUCUCUCUUAGACUUCGUGUAAUCGCCACCUAUUUGGUGAAUAUAUUGCGUCCUGGCUCC